AUGGAUGUCUCCAAAGCAGAGAGCAAUGAAGCAAAGUACUUGGUGGACGUUGUCGGUCACGUCCAUAUAAAAGAACUGCCCAAGCCUGAAUCAGAGAUAAUCAACGGUGUUAACGAGGAAAUUCAGCGGCUUGAAGACCAAUCUGGCCAAGGUUCGUCACUGUUCGCCAAAGGUGGCCCGAGGUGUGAGAAGUUUAUUGGAUGUGGUAUUGAUAUAGUCUCUAUUGUCAAAUUAUAUAUUCGAUACGAAACCUUCGUCCACCAGGGGCCGCGAGAUGUGAUCAUUAAGCACCCGGAACAGGGACGAGUACACAUGAAAAAUGUCCAAGCUAUCGGCAUAUUCAAAGUUGCGCCAAACUCUGGCCCAGUCACAUUUCAUCUUUCCCGUCCCGGACAAAAGAUCUCAGCUACUAUACCAGCGAAAACCAUCGAACUCCAUGAAGAUGAACUACUCAUUGUUUUGGGCUCUGUGACUGUGGUCAUCGACUUUGUUGAUGUUAUGAAACUGGUCUGGGAUGGCUAUUCGGCUUUGCCUAUGGGAAAAGACAUUCAGAAUACGGAUGUGCUUGAAUUUACAAAGCUUUGA